UUCAGGAGGUCGCUUCGCCCCAGGAGCCGCCGGCGCGGGACCAGCGCGGCCGUGGGAAGCACGAGAGAAACACGCGCACACGCCCGUACGCACACGAUGGCUCAAGUGGAAAUAAGCUUAAGCUGAUGCUUCAAAAACGAGAAGCUCCUGCUCCAGCUAAAACAGAGGUGUCAGUAAAAGAAAACAAGGCCAAGGAGUUUUUAAGCAGUUUGAAACGCCAGAAGCGCCAGCUGUGGGACAGGACUCAACCAGAUGUGCAGCAAUGGUACCAACAAUUCCUCUACCUGGGAUUUGAUGAAGCAAAAUUUGAAGAUGAUGUCUCCUACUGGACAAGCCUGGGACGGGGUGGCAAUGAAUACUAUGGUGGAUAUUACCAGCACCAUUAUGAUGAAGAUGCACCUAUUGGUCCACGAAAUCCACAUACCUUCAGGCAUGGAGCAAGUGUUAAUUAUGAUGACUAUUAACCUUUUUUAUUCUACUAUAACUAAUAAUUCUAAGAGGGUAUUGGGUUGAGAUGAGUUCCCUCACUCACAUUCCCUCCCCUCUCCUUUUUUCUACUACUCAUGUAUAUGAACAAAGAGAAGAACUGUCAAGCACAGGAAAAAGUAAUUUAGAAUUUUUAUUUUUUUUUUUUACAGUUAGUAGUACAUUAUGUAGUCAUGUUUGAAUUAAAACCUUUUAUUAAAAUAAGCAUUUUUCCCAUUUCUUUGGUAAAAU